UUGAAACCCGCGAGGGAAAUAUUCCCUUGCUGCUAGCACGUAGCUAGCUAGCUAUUUGUUUUGAUUUCUCGGGCUUGUGUAUUUUCAAAUAAUAACUCAGUCAUUACUGUCCCGUUUGUACAAAUAACUAGCAACUUAACCGAAGGAAAGCAGCUGCAUCCGCACCGUGAAUCAUUGAUUUGUGAGCAACUAAUUUAUCUAAAGGCUAAUGUUAGCUACAGUAGAUAGCUAAUCAUUCCAACUAGCUAGUCAGUUGUUAUUUGUCACAUCAAUUGUGCUUGCAACUGCGUUAGCUAGCAAAGUAGAAUAUUUGCAAUUUACCAGGCUAUCAAAUCGUGUGAAAAAUCUCGAGUAGGUUGCUCGUGUGUCGAGAAGCUAUCGCGUUUGAUAACACGACUUUUCCGCAUAUAGCUAGAUCAAGGCCAACGACCUUGCUGUGAUGUAAACUUGCAGAACGCCUUUGCUUGUUUUGAUUUACAUAGUCGUUUUAAUGGGGAAAAGGAAAGACAUGAUCCACCCAAGGUUUCUUUUAGGUGAUGGAGACCACCUGGGGUUACACAGCCUACAUAGGAGGAAACACAAGAAGCAUAAGAAGCACAAGAAGAAGCAUCACCGUGACGACGGGCACAGCUCCUACUCCGAGGCCCUGGAGUCAUCUUCUGGCAUCCUGGUCAAGCCCCCCACACAGCUCCGACUCAAGCCCCCCACGCAGCUCCGACUCAAGCCCCCCACGCAGCUCCGACUCAAGCCCCCCACGCAGCUCCGACUCAAAAUCAAACUGGGAGGCCAAACGCUGGGGACCAAAAGUGUGCCAACAUUCAGUGUGGUCCCUGGUGUAGCCCGCUCCCCGUCUCCUCUGAUGAUCGUGGACGAUGAUGACGACUCGGAUGAUGAUGACGAUGAGGAGCCUUCUGAGGGCGUCCCACUCGAGCAGUACCGGGCCUGGCUUGGUGAGUGCCAAGAUGAGGACAGUAACCUGGACCCGUCUCCUCUGCCAGACAUGGACUCUGACUCCCUGGGAGGACUGGGGGGGCCGGUGGACGAGGAGGAGAAGUGGCUGGACGCCCUGGAGAAAGGAGAGCUCGACGACAACGGAGAGCUGAAGAAGGAGGUCGAUGAGUCACUGCUCACAGCCAGACAGAAAGCCCUCCUGCACAAGCAACAGAACCAGCCUCUCCUGGAGCUGCCCAUGGGCUACAAGGAGAAGGAGAUGACCGCUGAGAUGAUGCAGAAGAGGGAGGAGCGCGCCCGCAAGAGGCGCCUGCAGGCUGCCAAGAAGGCAGAGGAGAACAAGAACCAGACCAUUGAGAGGCUCACCAAGACCUCGAAGGCCAAGAUCAAGAGCAUGAGGGAACGCAAGUCCAAGCAGGCCCAGUGUCCCAUGGUCCGCUACUGCGACUCGGCCCAGGGAAUGGGGAUUUCCUUUCCCAAGGGGGUGCUAGCCCCCACCCCUGCUCCCCUGUGCCCCCCUCCACCGGCACCGGUAGGGUGCGGAGUAAACGGGUGCAGUAAUCUGAAGAGGUACUCGUGCUCCAAGACAGGGAUCCCUCUCUGUAGUCUGGAGUGCUACAAGAAGAAUCUGGUCCUUGUUGUGGAGAGCGCCAUUUGAACUUGACCUCUUUGGAAGGUUUCGGCUUGCUGGCCGUACAGACUCUAGGGCUAAAUCAAAGGACAAGGUGGAUAUUUUUUAUUUAGCAGAUUAUAAAAAUGCUUUUUUUUGUUGUUGACAUGUCCAGUAAUUGGUCAUUUCCUCUACAUUUCUGGUGGCAAACUAAUGACAUAAUUAUGUGUACUUACAAAAGAGAUGAAUGUUGUUCAAAUCAAUGCAUCAGUCAGUCAAAUGUAGCCCUGAUAACACGCAUCAUUAUAAUGGAGGCUACAGCCCCAUUAGCCAGUUUGUAUUUCAUUUCUAGAUCCUGUUUGUGGUAGUCCACGUGAUGUAGAUUGUAUAAGAAUUUAACAAGGUAACCUUGUUCUGUGAAAUGAAUCAGCUGAAGUAAAUCAGCUUUUUCCUAAAAUUACAAAGUGCUCUUUUGCCUGUUGAUCAUGAAGGACUUUCAUUUGUGUAAAUAUAUCGUUAAUGGUUUUGUAUUCAUUUAGGAAGCCGUAAAGCACUGUAUAGCGUCAUGUUAACAUGUUACACACUGUUUGAUAAAUGGAGAAAAUUACCCCAGGAAACCAAAACAGGUUUUUAUUUUAAUUAACAGACUCAAAGGUG